CAACCUGCAUCCUCACGUGUUGGUUAGUGUAUUUGACCAUUGUUAACCUAACCAACAAUAUAACCUCAGACAAGUUUUGAAUUUGUAUACUUAUGAAAUCGUUUAUUUUUGCAAGAGAUGUGUGACUACGACGUGUACGUUGGGACCGCGAGGGGUGCCCUUGUUUAUUCACAAUGUACUCCAAAUGUAAAAAGUAAGUACGAAUUGAAGAAUUUGAAAGGUGAGGUGACUGCUUUGGAAUGGACGAACAAGGAACACGAGUUAGCUGUUGGCUUUGAUACUGGUCAAGUGAGCAUAUACAAUACAGCACAGAACGAAUAUACGAAACAUUUAAGAGAACUGGAAGGUGAAGGACCUGUUGUUGGUAUUGGUUGUCACAAUAACAGUUUUAUUGUUGGACGAGAGAAUGGUAUUGUUAACAUCUGGAAUGGAAAAGAAAACCAAACUUUCAAAGUACCAUUGAACGAGGGAAAUGUGCCCAUGUACUGUAUGGCAUAUAACAAGAACACCAAGGUGUUUGCAACUGGCGGAGAAAACAAUGGUCUUAAAGUUUGGGAUGCUGAAAAAUUGAAGCCCGUUUUUAAAGCAGCCUCUUUGGGACGUGACUUCCUGGAUCUUCAUAUUCGAGUGAGUGUGAGGAGUUUAACAUUCUUCCCCAACGAGGAUCACAUCAUUGGUUGUGCGACAAAGGAGGGAAUGGUACUCUUGUAUGAUACUCGUGUCAAGGACAAAAUGCCAGUCUGUAAGUAUACUGAAGAGAAGGCAAGUUAUACUGUAAUAGCUGCAGGACAGAAAGACAGGCAAUGUUUUGUUGGCACAACUAAAGGUUUCUUGCAAUUGAUAGAUAUGAGCAAACCUAAAGCUAAACCUAUCAGGACUCUCAAAUGUUUCACAGGUUCAGUAACUGGAGUUACUAGCAUUGGUUUUGGAUCGGUAGCAACUAUAUGCUUAGAUAGGUAUCUGAGAAUACAUAAUAUUGAUACAAAAGAAUUAUAUUUCAAGGAAUAUAUGAAAAUGAAUUUAACUAAGAUCGUUGCAAAGCCGAGGAUUAAGGAGGAACCCAAAGAGGAAGAUGAGGGAGAAGUUAUAGAAACCGUCGAGGAUCGGGAAUAUUCGAAGCUCUUUGAUGAUAUGGAAAUAAUUACGGAAGAUAAUGAGGAGGCUCCGAAGAAAUUGAAGAGGAAAACGAAAACAAAAUUGAAUUCGCGCAAGAAGAUGAAAAAGAAUUCAGAUUAAACUGAUACGUAUCAUGUAUUUUUAUGUAUUUUAUAUAUUUCGUUUCGUUUUUAAUAAAA